UAUAUACAGUAUAUAACUGGAAUAUAUAUAUAUAUACAAACAAUGGUUUCUAGAUUUUAUCCACAAAAUUGAAAUCAAGUCAUUAAUAUAAUUAAUGAUCAAGUCAAAAUGAAAGUUCAUAUAUCAAUAAAAAUACACAUAAUAUAAAAAAAGAAAAUAUAUAUAAAUACAUAUACAGUAUAUAUACACAUCCAUCAUGAGUCUACAAUAAUUUGUUUUAUGUAAAAUCCUGAGUCAUCAAUAUUUAAGUAUUGAGUAUAAAUCAUAAAUUCUUUGAAGGUCUGACAGCAGACCGGCGACGCGACGUGAUUGGCUGCUGGCUUCUCCUCCAAAAGUUUAACCCAGGUCGACUUCUUCUUCUUCUUCUUCUUUUUUGACACCCGACGUAUCCAUGGCAACCGCCAGUGAGCAUGUGUGAAGCCGACUCGCCUGAGGGAAAAGGAAAUGAAUGGUCGUCUGGCUGGAUGGUGCAGUUGAUGUGUGUGUGUGUGUGUGUGUGUGUGUGUGUGUGUGUGUGUGUGUGUGGAGGCUCCUGACAGAUUGAAGCUCUAUCUUUAGAGACCGAUUCAUCGCUUCUCUGUGACAAAUAAAAUGAUGAUGUGUAGCGCUCAGAUAAAACCUGGAUUCACACACACUCACUCACUCACUCACUCACUCACAUGCACACACACACACACACAGUGUAGUAUUAGUACUUUCACUGUAGUAAAGGCUCUGAAUACUGCUUCUCUGAACCGGGCCUUUUAUUCCUCAGAAUUGAUCGUCGUUUCGAUCAAUAAAGAUUUACUGAAAAGGGUAAAAAAACAAUCAGACCAACAAGCUUCUUAAUUGACAGAUAAGAAGCUCGUUAGCGCUCAAUGUUGUUUUACUUCACUACAAACGUGAGAGAUUAUUAUUUUAAAAGUUUACUACAUUUUAAACAAAAAAAAUGUAUCACCUACUUUUCAUUUUUUUAAAUGUUUGGUAUCUUGUAUAUGUUUACUAUUUUGCUCACCUUUAUAAAAUAUUACAUUUUAUCUGUUAACUUAGCUGUUAAUAAUAUAUUCUACUUGUAUUGUGCAACAUUUCGCUAAACGUGACAAAUACAUCUUUUGAAUAGUUGUAUAAUUAAUAUUGUCUCUAAAAAUACACUGAAUAUUUGUAACCAGUUUAAGGAUAACUAUAUUGUUAUUGAUUUUCAGUAAACAGGAGCUUCUGACCAUCUCCAAUGUUGCUGUUGGAGACUGCCCCCCCUCUCCCCCCCGCACCGCACCCCCCACCAUGAAGUCGGCUCAUUUUUUUGACUUGAUGGACAAGAUGGAGCAGGUUCCAGAAGCUGCUGAGAUGAAGACAAUCCCUCAGAGACAGAAGGACGACUACAUUCCUUAUCCGAGGAUCGAGGAGGUGCUGGAGAGGGGGGCCCCUUACCCUCAGGUCAUCCUGCCUGAGUUUGGAGGAUACUGGAUAGAGGAUCCUGAGGCCGACCCCCCUCCUCCUCCUCCUCCUCCCACCUCCCUGGAGGAGGAGGAGGAGGAGGAGCGGGAGGGGGGAGGGAGAGAGGAGGAAGACACCGCCCCAGGGGAUUAUGGGUACCGGCUGGAGGAGAUCAGCGAGGCAGUGCGGGCUUACAGGAAGCACUUCUUGGGCAGGGAACAUCUGAACUUCUCCUGCUCAGCCAGCAGUGUUGGAAACCUUCUCCUGUCAGUGAGACAUGAGGAGGAGCCGGAUCAGGACUCUCUCCACGUCAUCAUCAGGUCUCGGGUGAAGAGCGUCUACCACAGAUUGUCUCUGACGGAGCUUCCUGACAUCCCCAGUGUCCCAGAGCUCGCUAAGCUGCUGUGUGAAGAAGCAGCAGCUCUACGUUUCUGUCCCGUCCUCUACCCAAAGGCCUCUCAGCUGAUCGUAAACUAUGACGAACACGAGGUGAACAACACCUUCAAGUUUGGAGUCGUGUUCCAGAGAUCUGGACAGGUGUCUGAGGAGGAGCUGUUCAGGAACAACGAGGAGACGCCGGCCUUCACAGAGUUCCUUGAGCUGCUGGGAGACACGGUGGAGCUGCAGGACUUCAAAGGGUUCCGGGGGGGUCUGGAUGUGUCUCACGGUCAGACGGGGUCUCAGUCCGUCUACACCGUCCACCGACAGCAGGAGGUCAUGUUCCACGUCUCCACCAAGCUGCCCUUCACAGAGGGAGACACGCAGCAGCUCCAGAGGAAACGACACAUAGGAAACGACAUCGUGGGCGUGGUGUUCCAGGAGGAGGCCACGCCUUUUGUCCCCGACAUGAUCGCCUCCAACUUCCUGCACGCCUUCAUCCUGGUGCAGGUGGAGGAGCCCUGCUCCGACAGCACCUCCUACAAGGUUGCCGUCACAGCACGAGAAGAUGUACCUCCGUUUGGCCCGCCCCUCCCAAAUCCAUCUAUUUUUAAGAAGGGUCCAGAGUUCAGAGAGUUUCUUCUCACUAAACUCAUUAACGCAGAGAUGGCCUGCUACAAGAGCGACCGCUUCGCCCGACUGGAGGAACGUACCCGGGCUGCCCUGCUGGACAGCCUCCAUGAUGAGCUGUACAGACGCUCCCAAAGCAUGCUGGGAUUGACGUCGGGCCUAGAGGAGGAGGGGCGAGCUGAGAACGGACACGCCCACGGAGGUCUGCUGGAGUCCAUCAAGAGGGCAAUUCGAGGACGGAGCGUCUCCAUGGAGACCAUGUCGAGGGGGGGGGCGGGUCUGCCCACCAGCCUGAGUGGGGGGGGUCUGGCUGAGUGUAAUGUGAAAUCUCCUGUGAAGAGACGUUCAGGACUUUUUCCUCGGCUGCUGAGUAUCGACAGUCAAACAGAGAAACACAACCAGAGGAGUCUCCUCAGUGAGCAGAGGAGCUUCGACAACUGCCACCCGACGCUGGAGGUGAGGUCAGAGCUGCCGUCCAAUCCCAGCUCUCCGGAGGCGGGGCAACGGGACAGGAUUCACAUGAAGAAGGAGAACAGUAAGGUUUCCAGAUCCACAUCCAGCAGCUGCAGCUUCAGCAUCUCUGCUGCUGACGACACUCAGCUGCUCGCCCAGGCUGUGAUGAUAGAGGGUCAUACUUCAGCUCCUCUCAUCGUGUGUCGUAGUCCUACAGAGAUGAAAAAUAAAAACUCUCCCAGGUCAAACCUCAAGUUUCGUUUUGACAAGUUGAGUCACUCUGCUGCGGUAAGUCUGUCUUUAUACGUCACACCAUGGUCUGUUUGACUCUAAAUGGACCCUAAAGCAUACCCUGCUUUAUGGUCUAUUAGAGACCUGUCAAUCACUGU